UAUCGGUGAAGGUGAAGUCUCGCUUUAGCUCAGAUCUUUGGAGCAGGCGAGCUUCGAUUCAAAUUCUGUUCAAAGAGCAAUUUUAGGAUUUGCAAUCUCAGUGAGGGCUUUAUCUUCCAUAUGAAAUGGUCAGGCCAUCGGCGAAGCUUGGUUCGGCCAAGUUGGUUGUGAUAUGCAUCUGCCUUUUAGGAUUCGCUCUUGUCGCUGACUUUCUCUGGGCUUCUUCCUCUACAUUGGCGUCUAAUUGGACCUCUCAAGAUUCUUCCUCCCCCAAAAUAGUUGUGUCCCACGACGCCAUUAAUAAACAAAAACAGAACGAGUUGGGAAAACAUGUUAAAGUUGAGAAGGAUGCUGCCUCUGGAAGAGUUCUAGCAGCAGCUUAUGCUGAUUUGCCUGCUCCAGAAUUAAAAUGGGAAAAAAGGGCAACUGCACCUGUGCCACGUCUUGAUGGAGCAGCAAUACAAAUUAAAAAUCUUCUUUAUGUUUUUGCUGGGUAUGGCACGAUUGACUAUGUACAUUCACAUGUUGAUAUAUAUAAUUUUACUGAUAAUACUUGGGGAGGAAGAUUUGACAUGCCUAAAGAGAUGGCACAUUCACAUUUAGGAAUGGUAACUGAUGGAAGAUACAUUUAUAUAGUAACUGGUCAGUAUGGCCCACAGUGCCGGGGGCCUACCGCUCAUACAUUUGUGCUUGACACUGAAACAAAGCAAUGGCAGGAUCUGCCCCCUCUACCAGUCCCUAGAUAUGCACCAGCAACUCAACUUUGGAGGGGCAGACUACAUGUCAUGGGUGGCAGCAAGGAGAAUCGACAUACACCUGGAUUAGAGCACUGGAGUCUUGCUGUAAAGGAUGGCAAACCACUGGAGAAGGAGUGGAGAACUGAGAUACCCAUUCCCCGCGGUGGACCUCACAGGGCUUGUGUCGUGGUUGAUGAUCGUCUUUAUGUUAUUGGUGGUCAAGAAGGUGAUUUUAUGGCCAAACCUGGCUCACCUAUUUUCAAGUGUUCACGCAGGCCGGAGGUGGUUUACACUGAUGUUUACAUGCUGGAUGAUGAGAUGAAGUGGAAAGUGCUGCCUCCCAUGCCAAAACCAAACUCACAUAUUGAAUUUGCUUGGGUGGUUGUAAACAAUUCUAUAGUUAUUGUUGGAGGCACGACAGAGAAGCAUCCUAUAACCAAAAAGAUGGUUUUAAAUGGAGAAGUAAUGCAGUUUAAUUUGAAUACUCUGAAGUGGUCAGUGAUUGGGAAAUUACCUUACCGUGUGAAAACCACUUUAGUUGGAUUUUGGAAUGGAUGGUUAUACUUCACUUCAGGACAGCGAGACAAGGGCCCUGAUGAUCCCUCUCCUAAAAAGGUCAUUGGAGAAAUGUGGAGAACAAAAUUGAAAUUCAGCUCUUGAUCAUAUCUGAUUGAUCAUGGAAUAUUUUUUCACUUUGACACGCCAUCAUCAUCAUUCCUUGUCGUUUUAUGUUUCUAGCUCUUUAGCAUUAUGCUCUCUCCUAACAAAAGGAAGUGAAGCACUUAUUCUUUAGCCUUAUAAUGUUUAUUUAUUCUUGUAUUCUCCGUUCAUUACAAUUCAUUACUAGUAUAUCCACCGAAUCGUUUUGAAAA